UGUGCACAGUAACAUGUAUCGCUCAUGUCAUGACCGGGCUUCCGUAGAUUCAGUCGCGCUGUAUGCAUGAGGAGUAGUUAUAUGGUUUCUAGUUCUAGACGGCCUUUAUACUCUAUUUAUUUUAGUAAUAGAUUCAAAUUGAAGCUGAAAACGCUCAGAGAAAUUGUUAGUUAAGAAAAUAUUUAAAUUAAAAGUAUAAUUUUUCUUUAUAAGAAUGGUUACUAAACCAAAAGUAAUAAUUAUUGGAGCUGGUGCAGCAGGAAUAGCUGCUGCUUCACGUCUAAUAGAAAAAGGUCUAAAUAAUGUAUUGAUUCUUGAAGCAAAAAAUCGAAUCGGAGGAAGAAUACAUACAGUAAAAUUUUCUGAAAAUAUUCUUGAAUUAGGAGCUCAAUGGUGUCAUGGAGAAGAAAAUAAUAUUAUUUACAGCCUUGCUUCACCUCACAAUUUAUUAGAAUCUUCUAGCAACAUUAACAAUCCAUCAAAACAUAUUUUUGUUAAUUCAUUGGGUGAAGUUCUUUCAGAACAAGAAUCAGUUGAAAUCAUAAGAAUUUAUAAUAAGAUUGCAGAUAUGGCAAAGGAAAUUGAUUAUAAACCAGGGACUUCUUAUGGCGAUUAUUUUACACAAGAAUUUUACAAAGAAAUUUAUAAUAAUCCAUUAAUAACCAAAGGAAAAGAAGAGGAGAUUCUAAAUUUUUUGCAUAAUUAUGAAAAUUCUAUUGAAUGUAGUGAUACUUGGUAUAAUAUUUCAGCUAUAAGAUUGAAGGAUUAUUGGCAAUGUAAAGGAGAUUCUCUUUUAAAUUGGAAGACAAAUGGAUACUCAAAAAUAUUUGAUUUAUUAACUCGAAAUUAUCCAGAUGGAAAUAAGCCCCUUCCUGUUUAUGAAAAAAUUUUGUUUAAUAAGGAAGUUUCGCUUAUUGAUUAUUCUAAAGAGAAUAAUAUAAAAGUAGUUACAACCGAUAAUUCAGUAUUUGAAGUGUCUAACGUAAUUUUUACACCAUCAUUGGGUGUAUUAAAGGAACAGUAUUCAACGUUAUUUAAACCUGCUCUAUCUAAAUUAAAAAUUGACGCUAUCAAGGGUUUGAGUAUUGGUGUAACAAAUAAAUUUUUUUUGGAAUUCUCACAUCAAUGGUGGCCAAAAAAUGCUGGAGCUUUAUGCCUCAUGUGGACAGAAAAACAAAAAUUGAAUUUUUUAAAAAAAUAUGGCAAUGAUAAAUCUUGGCUAUGUGAUCUAUUUCUAUUUUUCACCGUUGACUAUCAACCACGAAUUUUAUCUGGAUGGAUUGUUGGUCCAAGCUCAAGAUAUGCAGAAACGUUAUCAGAUGAAAAAGUUUUAAAUGAAUUUUAUUUAAUAUUACAAAUAUUUCUGGGUCAUAUUUAUGAUAUUCCCAAACCAAUAUCUAUUGUGAGAUCAAAAUGGUAUAGUGACAAACAUGUCAGAGGUUCGUAUAGUUAUCGCAGUUUAGAAACUGAAAAAUUAGGAAUUGAUAGUAAUUCUUUAUCCAAGCCAAUAGAAGCCAGCAAUAAUAAUCCGAUUGUUUUAUUUGCUGGGGAGGCUACUCAUGAACAUUUUUAUUCAACAGUACAUGGAGCCAUUGAAACUGGAUUUCGAGAAGCUGAUAGAAUUAUUGAAUAUUAUAGAUGUUUAAAAUCUCACUUGUAAACAGAAAUGAGUAACAAGAAAAUUUUUUAUUAGAUAUCCGAUUAGAAAUAGCAGUUAUGUUGUAUAAUAUAACUGAAUUUAUUAUCUGACAUUUUGAAAUUGCACUUUCGGCUCUUGGUUCCGGCUUUCAUACGGGAACAUAUUGUAAUUUGCUGAUAUGAAAAGGCUUUUUGAUGAAACUCGUUCCAGCAUUCGCUUCUGAUUCGUGCCGUAAACUUCUAGUUUCCUUAAAAAAGCCUUUACGCACCCGUUAGGAAAUGUACUAUUUUUUUGAAUGGAAUUUGAGUAAUACAACGAUAGUAAUAGGUUGAGAAUUUCUGUUGACAGAGUGGUUUCUGUAAUCGUUCAUGGUUCAAAAUUUGCAUUUAUCAACAAAACGUAAAAAUAAUUUUAUUUAAAUAUUUUUACUUUUGGCAAUUUUGAAAAGUAUCUAAAAGUUUUAAAUAUUUUGUUGAAGUUAAUGUGUUUAUGCAGUUUGAUUGUGUUAAAUACUUGUUAAAAGUGAAAAGUAUUAAUUCUUAAGAAAAACUAUAUCAGGAUGCAGAUUUAGAAAAUAAUAAAAACCAUCAAAGUGUAUGUGAAAAUAUCUAUAAGUUUAUAAACAAAGUUUUCUAACAAAAUAUACGCUAAAAAGUAUAAUACAUUACCCUACUAGUGCGGGAAAAUAGAUUAUUGUCUCGUGUGAUGUUUAUGCCCGAGCAAAGCGAAGGUGGAAUGGCACACGAGAUGAGAAUCUCUCCCAAAUAUAUUAGGUAUAUACUAUUUUCUUACAUUCUAGUUAUGAUAACAUCAUCUCCAUUUUAUUUGCCAAGAUCUGGACAAGGGAACGUUUGGUUAAUUUUCACUGACAAAAUUAUACCGCUGUAGAAGACUUUCAUGGUUUGUUUAAAAUUAUUUUUGGAAUAUGUGACAUUUUUCAAUCGAUCUAAAGUCCGAUCUAGUCAUUCAUUAGGUCUGCUUUAUUCGGUGAUAUAGAUAAGUGUAAUGCGGAAAAGCAUUUUGUUGAUUUAAAAGUGAAAAUUGACAAUGUUUAUAAAGCUUUAUUAAAUAAAGAAGAAUACGAUGUUUUUACUAAUUCUGAUUUAAGGUAAAAAGAAUGACUUACCUACAAUAUUAUAGAAAACUUUAAUAUUUUUAUUAUUGGUUUAGUCCAUUGUCCAUAUACUUCAUUGUCCAUACAAACACACAGCUGACUAUUUUUUAACAUCAUAACCAUAUAAGACUUGAAAAUCUUCGAUAUCUAUUUUUGUACCACAGCUAACAAUUAAAUUCAAAUUACAGAAAUAACAUUUUUGAAUAUCUGUCAACUAUUA